AAAGGCAAUAAAGCAAUAGCGAAUAACAUUGCAUCUAAUAAAUGAGAAUUUUUUUCCUAAACAAUUUUCGAUUUUUCUGGAAAGUUAACCUUAUUUUACGGUACUUACUUUGUAAUCGCCAAUUGAAAUAUACAUGUUUUUAUUAAUUUUCCCGAAAUAAUUUUUUUCGAAAUUAUUCCUUUACUUGCAUUUCUUAGCAUAAGUUUGUACUUAUGUUAUAUCAAUUUAUCACUUAGUUUUGUGAAAAACGUUUAGAUAAAUCAAACUAAAUUCUUCCAAAUUGUUCUCAUUUUUAUUUACUUAUCUCGUUAUCUCAUUUUUAUUUACGUCAUAAGAGACUGAAUUUUGUACAUUAAAUUUAUUUGCUAAAUAAUCCAGAUUUGCGACUAAAAAUAAAAUAAAAAGUUGACAGUAUAUGGAUACUGCAGUGUUUACAAACAACUUUUAGUAAUGACUAACUUUAAGUACUACCUUAAAAGAUGUUUUUUCCUAUUCUGUUGCGUGUUGCUUGAGACGAUAUUAGCAGUUGUGUAUUAUUGGGUUAAGAAAAAGACAAUUCCUCCAAUUAGAAACUCCCUGUUAUUAAAAUCGGCAACUACUUUAGCUGAAGAAAUUCGGGAAGGAAAGUUAAAGGGCGAAGACGUCAUUCAAGCGUAUGUUGAUCGUAUAUUGGAAGUGAAUCCCAUUAUCAAUGCUGUCGUCCAAGAUAAUUUUGAAGAAGCACUUCGAGAAGCAAAGGAAGUGGACACCUUUAUUGAGUCAGGGGAGUUCUCCUUAAAGGAAUUGAAGGAGGAAAAGCCCCUCCUCGGGGUCCCUUUUACAGUUAAAUGCAGUUUUUCAGUGAAAGGUUUUUACCACACAGCUGGAAGUCUUCUAUUUAAAGACGUAAUUGGAACUGAGGAUGCUCCAUGUGUAGCUCUUUUAAAAAAAGCUGGAGGAAUAUUUUUAGCUACGACUAAUUGCCCAGAAUUCGCUUGUUCUAUUGAGACAGCAAAUUAUCUUCAUGGAAGAACAUGCAACCCCUAUGAUACAACAAAAACAUGUGGUGGCAGCUCUGGGGGAGAAGCUGCCCUAAUAGCUGCCGCUGGAUCAGUGAUUGGACUAGGAAGUGACAUUUAUGGUAGUAACCGUAUUCCGGCAAGCAAUUGUAGCACUUUUGGAUGCAAGCCAACAAGAGGAUUGACUUCACUUGACGGUAUGCUUCCCAAGCGAAUGGCCUCGGUAGAUGAUUAUCUUUCUACAGGACCUUUAUGUAGAUAUUCUGAAGAUCUAGCUACUAUGUUAAAUGUUCUCUCAAUGAGCAAGAAAAACCUGUGUUUACUGCCUCAGGUUAAAUUAAAGAAGCUAAAAGUAUAUUAUCAGACCCACCUAAAAUAUGCUUGGUGUGUCAACACAGAGAGUGAAGUUGCUCAAGCUGUUCGAAAGGCUGCUCUUUAUUUCAAACAAGCAUAUGACGCUGAAAUAAAGGAAGUUGACGUCCUUUUGUUCAAUAAGUCUAAUGCUAUCACACUUCACCUAUUCAGAAAAGGCAUUGACGAGUCCAAGUUUAUAGAGCACGUAACAGAUGGACGGGUCAAAGAAUUGCACAAAGUCUCAGAAUUUAUCAAAAUAAUUUUAGGAAAAUCCCAGUUUACACUAGCUUCGUUUAUAAUUCUAAGUGUGAGCUACAACUGGAUAUUCUACAGUGAAAAAGACAUUGCACUUCAUGAAAAGAUUCUUAAAGAUUUACUCAGAGAGUUUGAAAAUCUGCUAGAUGAAAAUGCAAUUUUUCUAUGUCCAACUGCACCAACGACAGCAUUUUAUCAUUAUCAAAUGUACACUCAUUACUAUAGUGCAUUUUGGACUGGAGUUUUCAAUUUAGUGGGGUUUCCAGCAACACAGUGUCCGAUGGGGCUAAGUCAACAAAAUUUACCGGUUGGAAUACAGAUAGCUGGUUGCAAAGGGAAUGAUGCUCUGACAAUAGCUUGUGCCAAUGAACUAGAGAAAACUUUCAGGGGAUGGAUUCCACCACAACAAAAUCGAAAAUGCCAAGAACGAAAAACCAAAUAACAAAAUCCAAAGAGACAGUAAUAAUUUCAAAAAUAAAUAAAAACGGAAGAUCUUAAUAGCGUAUCUGACAAUUUUUACUCUAUACAAGGUAAAUUUUUUUCCAAGUAGAAAUGAAAUGACAAUACAAAUACAAUUGUAUACAGAUAAUAGGUACCAGCUUGUACGGCGAUUGAGAAAUUUUUUCAUAGUAGUAGUAAAAUUAAUAUUUCAAUUGUUCAAUUUAAAAAUUAAACCUUAAAUUGUUUUACCUACAGCGACAGAUCAAUAAUUUCAACAUAUGUAUAUAAGAUAUAUUACACGUGUUAAUGAAUCGUUUUAUUUUUUACGGUAUCAAUUUAUGCCUAACAAAAUUAUGACCGAAUAGUUUCGAUGAAUCAGCAAAUGGCGCUUCGCGCCAAAUGCUGAGCUUCCACACAUUUCCAGCGUUCCAACGGGUUAAUGAAAUACAGCCACCACACAGUCUGCUGACCUCAUAAAGUUCCGCUGCAACUAUUUAAAUAAACAUGAUGGAUGGGAUAGGGACCACUGCUCGGCCCAGAUGUUCAGCUCAGUAAAUUAAAGAAGAAGAAGUGUUAAUAGAAAUGACACAAUAGACUAUGACCACAAAAUAGAUGCAUUAGACAAUAAUGGAGCUAUUAGAUAUCAAAUUCUACGAAAAAGCCACCACCUCCUGCUCUGCAGCAAAUUUCAAUGAAAUAUUCCUAUAUGAAAAUUUAACUGAAGACAAGAACACCAGACCAAUAGCAGCAUACUAUUGCAGUGAUGCAUCAUAUUCCCGACAUCAAUAGCAUAUACAUAACCUCAUUUUCAUCAUAUCAGCUUAACUCAAGUUCAUACUCUUACAUUAUAGUCUUAUCACCCAUCUGCAUAUAUAAUUACACAUUCAGAACUCAAUGAUCAUCUAUCCACGUGAAAACUCAUUUACUUCAUUUGCAUUCCAUUCCACCACCGAAACACCACAAAGUUCAAGCUAAACACGAAUGGGAAAAGCACGGCAAGCGGCUUCAGGUGUGCAGAUGUCUUAUACAGUUCAGUUCAGUGUUAAUGAAGUAGCUUAUUUUUUAGAAAAAUUUUAAUACCAUAAUUAUUUGAAGACUACUAUUCUGUAAAAUCUUUCUCAACAAUCGUACAAUGUGGCAGCUAUGUAGAUAUACUUGUUUUAUUUUUCAAGAAAUUAAACACACUAUCUUAA